AUGGAAGGCACCUCUAACUUCAAUCGCCACCGUCAAAUCAUAGACAAAUCAAACUCCCGUAGGGCUAAUAAUCACUGUGUUCGUGAUAACUCUACCGUGGAAACCUUCACGGAUUUUACUAUGCAGGAAGGUAAUUCGGAUAUGUGGAAUAAUUUUUCCAAUAAUUUUAGGCAGGUUCAGUCUAUGUUGGAUCGAAACAGAUCUUUGAUUCAACAAGUCAACGAGAAUCAUCAAUCGAGAACGCAUGAUAGCAUGAUGCAGAACGUGGACCUGAUUCAGGAACUCAACGGCAACAUAUCAAAGGUUGCCUCUAUCUAUUCUGAUUUUAACACUGAUUUCACAACUAUGAUCCAUCAACGGAAGAAUGACGUUUGA